AUGGCGUUUCCAGGAGGUCCGGGCGCGAUGCCAGCAUCCAUGAACCCAACCGCCGGUAUGUCAGAGCAGGAACAGCAAAUGGUGAAGGCGAUGCAAAUGGGCAUGGAGUCUUGUCUAGGCAAGACGGUAAUGGCUGGUGUCAUGGGAGGAGGCCUGGGUGCCAUGUUUGGACUAUUCAUGUCGUCGAUGCGAUAUGAUACACCCAUGUCACAACCACUUCCCAUGACUACGCCAACCACUCCAGCACCCAGCACCUCAGCCGCAGCGGCUGCAAAACCCUCGACAGUCGCUUCAAGUGCAUCAUCCUCCGCCGCCGCCACCCUGCCAAACCCCACUGCAGCAGGGACCGUUUCAAUCACCGAUCUCCCUCUGAAGCAGCAACUCCGUGCCGGUCUACGCGACAUGUACCGCUCCUCCAUCUCCUCUGGUAAGAACUUCGCCAAGGUCGGUGCCAUAUUUUCGGGUACCGAGUGCGCAAUCGAGGGCCUCCGUGCAAAGAACGAUCUAUACAAUGGCGUGGCAGGAGGAUGCAUAACUGGAGGCGUCUUAGCAAGAAAUGCUGGGCCGCAGGCUGUGGCUGUGGGAUGUGCAGGUUUUGCCGUGUUCUCGGCCGCGAUUGACGCCUACAUGCGUAUGCCAGAGGACGAGAAGAGCAAGCCUAUCGCAUAA